AUGUCCACCACCUUCACCCCAGUCAACAAUAAUACCCCCGGUCACAAGAACAACACUGCUCCAAAGACCCCUACCAAGAAGACCAACGUGGCAAUGACCCCCAAAACCCCAACUCCCACCUCAACCAACACCAACAGCAAAAAACGCCUCACUCCAUCCUCUCCCACUACCAGUCCCAACAACAAACGUACUAAAGCACGCACCCCCCUCCCACCCAUCCCAACGACCCUCGCCUCCGCCAGUGCCUCCGACCUCCUCAUCCUCCGUCUCCGCGACGAAUCUUCCACCCCCUGGACCGCCAUCAACCAGGCAUGGACGGAGCUGACGGGGAUCAGUGUGGGCGGGUCGACCCUCCGAGCGAGGUACAAUACCAUGAAGAAGAAUUUUGUGGUCGUGGAUCCGGGUGAUGAAGCAAAGAUCCUCCAAGCUAAGAAAGAUAUCGAGGGACGAUUGGAGACGGAGAAGUGGAGAUUGAUUGCUGAGGAGGUGGGGAAGCUUGGUGGGGGAACUUAUCCUGGGGAGUGUUUGAGGAAGUAUGUGAGGGAGAUGGAGAAGGGGAUGAAGGGGGUUGCUUCUGCUGCUACUGCUGCUGCUAACGGUGGUGAUGGUGGUGGCGGUGGCGAUGAGAGUGAGGGUGAGGAUGAUGACGAUGUGAAGAUGGAGGCUGAGGAGGAUUAG